CCUUCGAAUUGCUCUAAGGUGUUUUUCGGUCAGAAUGGUAACGAUUAAGAUUUUCCUGUUUUGCUUCCUACUGGCGUUGGUGACAUCGGAAGAAACUACAUCGAGUGAUAAGCCGACGGAACCUGUUUUCUUGAAAAAGCUCGCCAACCGUAACAAUGGAGAUCGAUAUUUGAUGUUUUUCUCCCAGAGUGAUGGCCAGUUUCGGUAUGAGCGUGGGUUUUUCAGACGUCUUUCGGAAGACGAUCCACCGAUUUGGGUCGUAACUGGGCACUAUGGGUACAGAUCACCGGAAGGGCAGCUUUUCAGUUACAAAUAUACGGCAGAUGAAAAAGGCUAUCGACAGGAGCCGGAACCGAACGGAGAAGAAGCUCUUGCCGCAGUUGUCAAUCGUAUUGACCCCAAGACAUUGAUAUCGCUUGUCGGUUGAAGAGUUCGUGCGGAUGGUAAAAAAGUGGUAAAGAAUUAAAAGAAGUGAUUCUGAAGCUUCAACAGCCUGUCUGAAAUAAAGUGAAU